UUUCGUCCCUAUAUGUUUAUAUAUAAACCACUCUAAAAGCACCCUUUUGCCCUAAGAAACUCUUAUUAUCUCUGUGGUUAUGGAUAGCCAAGAAGCUUUGGAACAAGGGAUCAAGCUAUUUGGGAAAACAAUUACGUUGCAUGGAAGACAAGAAGUUAAAGAGGAACAAAACGAAGAUGAUCGUGUUCAUUCAACGGUUUGUAAGAGGCCAGACAAGAUCAUACCUUGCCCUAGAUGCAAGAGCAUGGAGACCAAAUUCUGUUACUUCAAUAACUACAACGUAAACCAACCUAGACAUUUCUGUAAAGGUUGCCAGAGGUACUGGACGGCGGGCGGGGCUCUUCGGAACGUGCCGGUGGGGGCUGGUCGUCGGAAAGUUAAGCCGUCGGGUCGGGAUAUCGGUGGGAACCCGGAAGGGUGUUUGUAUUAUGGGUCUAGUCAUGGGGUGCACCAGUUUGAGUUGGAAGGGAUUGUACUAGAUAAGUGGCAUGCGGCGAUGCCUAAUGGUAGUUUCCGUCACGUUUUUCCGAUGAAGCGGAGGCGGAUAAGUUGUACAGGUGGUCAACCUUAUUGAUCUUCAAUAGUAGAAUCUAUUAAUUACUUAGCUUUUCAUUAUUAUUAUUAUUUUCUUACGCUUGCCAAACUUUUCAACGGAAGAUUAAAAAAUUGUAUGGGUUAUAGACUAAUGUAAAUACAGGCUGGUCUUUGAUUAAUUAUUCU